AAAAGUGUUGAAUGUAAUUAAAGACAAGUGAAAUUAUAGAUCAUUGUAUCUCAAGCAAAGUCAUGUUAAUCCCGGAAUUUGGUUGAUUUUUGUGUUUUCAAAUAUUGAUCACCCUAUGGCUUGAUUGUAAAUAAUUUCACAUUACAACGUGUAUCUCAUGCUAAUUAGCAAUGAACAGAUAAAUCAUCCUUUCCUUACUACUUCCUGAUAUUUGCCGUUUUUAGCUGCCUUCUACAUCAAACGAGCAACUUCAACCACAGGUAUUCUGUAAUAACUGAAAGAUCCCUCUAAUCUAAAGCAAAACAUAUUUUACAAACCGUAUUCGCUUGUGUUCACUUAAUAUAUUCAAUUUUUUUGAUAUCCUUUAAUCUUUUAUUAUUAGUUGUUAAUAUUUAUUUAGUGAUUUGAAAAUUUCAUCUCUGAGCUAUAUUUUGCAGCAAGAUUCCUCUGAAUUAAUAGUUAAUUAUGACUUCUUAUUUGGAUCCCAUGGGUGACGAAGAAUAUCUCGAACCAAGUUUAAGGAAUAUACUGGAACUUGACUCAUUAAAAUGGGUAUUUGUUGGUGGCAAGGGUGGAGUUGGAAAGACGACAUGUUCUUGUAGCCUUGCUGUUCAACUGGCAAAACGUAGGCCAUCAGUUUUGAUAAUCUCAACCGAUCCAGCUCACAAUAUAAGUGAUGCAUUCAAUCAAAAAUUUUCCAAAGUUCCAACACUUGUUAAUGGAUUUACAAACCUACAUGCUAUGGAAAUUGAUCCAAAUUUAGGAGUAGCUGAAUUACCUGAUGAAUUCUUGCAAGAAAGUGAUCCACUUAGAGGUGCCUCUAAAUCUGUUAUUUCUGAACUUCUUGGUGCUUUACCAGGUAUUGAUGAAGCAAUGUCUUACGCUGAAGUAAUGAAAUUGGUUAAUUCAAUGAACUUCUCAAUUGUUGUGUUUGAUACUGCUCCAACUGGCCACACUCUUCGUCUUCUAUCUUUUCCUGCUAUGGUAGAAAAAGGCUUAGGUAAAUUGUUGAGAUUUCAAUCUCAUUUAUCCCCGAUGAUUUCCAAUUUUGCCAACCUCCUUGGAUUGACUGAUUUUUCACCUGAUGUAAUGUCAGCUAAAAUUGAGGAAAUUUUACCCAUUAUUCGAACUGUGAAUGAACAGUUCCGUAAUCCUAGUUUAACUACAUUUGUCUGCGUCUGUAUUCCGGAAUUUCUUUCCCUCUAUGAAACGGAAAGAUUGGUCCAAGAAUUAACCAACUGUUCAAUUGAUACUCACAACAUUGUUGUAAAUCAAUUGCUAUUUCCAAGCAAAUCCGCAGAGAAACCUUGUCAAAUGUGCACUGCUCGAGUUAAAUUACAGACUAAAUAUCUUGAGCAGAUAAUGGAUUUGUAUGAAGACUUCCAUAUUGUUAAAUUACCCCUUCUGGACCAUGAAGUUCGCGGAGCUGAAGAGAUAGUGAAAUUUUCUCAAAACUUGGUUGAACCCUAUGAUCCUGAUCGACAUUAGUCACAUACAUUUUGUAACAUCAAAUUUGGAAUCAACUAAAGGUUCAAAAUUACUGGAAGGCAAAAAGAAUUAGAUUUGAUUAGAAAAAGUCUCACUGUAAAAGCUACUUUUUUUACUCAACAUGAUUUCUUUGGUGUACUUGGAAUAUUAAAUUAUUUAACUGAAUAUGUAAGAAACCUAAAGUUACUAUCGCUAUGAAUUUUUAAGUAUUUUCAGCAAUCGCAAUUCAACAAAUCUAUAUCCCAUAAAUAAAAUCUACUGUUCAACAUUCAAUA